GUCCGAUCUGAUCCAGUCCUCGUCGUACUUCUGCGCGAGAUUGGCCAACAUUCGUACUUCGGUCUGUAUGCAAUACCCGCCUAACUUGAUGGAGUCGGGAUAUAUCCCUAAAGCUGGCCUUUUCAGAAUCUCGAUGGAACUGAGGAGAAGGAACACAGGUGUAGAUUCCAAGCUUUAGUGGGAAGAAGGAAAGAACAAACAAACUUGGAAAAUCGCGUUACGUCACGCGUUGUCACACCUUUGACGCGUGUUUCGCGAUCAAUUUCGAGGGUCUCAUUCUCAGACCGCGUUGUCCACUGCACCAGUUCAGUAGUUUCUCCAUCUGUCUUCGCCUUGAAACAUGUCUCUUUGGGUAGAUUUGUACCGUCCUAAAACGCUAGAUGAUCUUCAUUACCAUGAAGGUCUUUCAAAUCGACUGCGUUCACUUGCUGCGUCAGGCGACUUCCCACAUAUGCUCUUCUACGGUCCAUCUGGUGCAGGCAAGAAGACGCGGAUAGCGUGCACGUUAAGAGAAUUGUUCGGAAAGGGCGUAGAAAAGUUGAAGAUCGACCAAAGAGUAUUCAUGACCCCAUCAAGACGGAAGUUGGACGUCAAUAUCGUACAGAGCAACUUUCAUAUAGAGAUCACACCAAGUGAAGUGGGGAUAUACGACCGAGUAGUCAUUCAAGAAAUCCUCAAAGAGAUCGCUCAAACUCAACAAGUGGACAUCAGCGCGAAACAACGAUUCAAAGUCGUGAUUAUCAACGAAGCCGACUCUCUAUCCAGGGAUGCACAAGCAGCCCUUCGGCGAACCAUGGAGAAAUAUAUGUCCAACAUGCGUAUCAUUCUAUGUGCGAAUAGCACGAGUAAACUUAUCGCACCCAUCAAGAGUCGAUGUCUGCUUGUCCGAGUAGCCGCCCCUUCGGAAGACGAGAUUGUGAAGGUGCUACAGUAUGUCGCGAGCAAACAGCCUUUUAGGUCAAUAGACCAAAACGUAGCACGGGAAAUCGCCGAAGAUUCAAAUGGCAAUCUAAGGAAAGCCGUCCUAGUUUUCGAAGCUCUCAAAAUGCAGACGCCAGACCUAAGUGGUCCUCUUACAAUAGCGAAACCAGACUGGGAAACAUACUGCCAGAAAGUGGCGGAUAUGAUUAUUCAGGAACAGUCACCACAACGUGUCAUGGAAGUAAGAUCCAAGCUAUAUGAGCUCUUGGUGCAUUGCAUACCGCCGAAUGUCAUACUCAAAACGAUUGCGGACCACGUUGUGGAUAAGGUGGAUGAGAGUCUGAAAGCAGAUAUCAUUCACUGGGCCGCGAUAUACGAGGUGCGUUUGCGAAACGGCAACAAGAAGAUUUUCCACCUUGAAGCCUGGGUAGUGAAAGUCAUGACAUUGUACAAGCACUUUUUCUUUGGCAUCGAUAUGGACGGGUUCGACUGAGUAUUUUGUAUGUUCUGCUUUCUGUACUUUAUAUCCCCGCUGUGUUACUUGCUUUGCAUAUCAUACCACUCCCAUUUUGCCCUUUGAAGGGAUCGAAAGUGAGAGUUUCAAUGCUCACACCCAAUGGUGAGUGUGACGUCAGAGAAGAGGGCAUCCGAAUUAGGAGCCAAUCAACGUCAUGCAGUUCC